AUAAAACCUUUUAUUUCUAGGACAUGAAAACAGACAGGUCAUCAUUUUCUCCAACAUUCUACGAAAGAAGACACUCCUGAAGUUUUUGAGGAAAACAAGGGCCAUGGCGUCCCCUGAGAUGUACGACACGGCACUUCUGGGCAUCCUACAGCAUCAGGGGAAAAUUGAGAACUUCUUGGACGUGAUGUUCGGCUUUUUGUACCGCAGAACGGACUUUUUCCGGACGAUGCGCUCCAAGGAGGAUCGGAUGGGUUUCCCACCAGGGGUCCAAGAGAAGAUGCUGUAUUCGAUCUUCAAAAAGUGGCAGCACUACGCCACCCAGGAUGAGGAGAGGAUGAUGAAGAAACUACAGGAGAAGGCAGAGAGGGAACGUCAGGCUGCUGCUGCAGCAUCAGCAGUUGUGGAAGAAGUAGAGGUUGAGACAACAGCAGUAUCAGACAGCACAGAAGACAAAACAGACAAGUCCUCCACAUCAGAAAAGGCCAAAGCUCAAGAUGCAACCAGCAAGGUAGAUACUGCUCCUAAAAGUGAGGAGAAAAGUGAUGGACAAAAAGAUGAAAAAAAGAAAGAAAGGACAGGAGGAGAGAGUGUAGAUAGUAAAGAGGCACCAAAGGAUGCCGAUGAGACAGCGGAAAAGGCAGUAGAGGAAAAAGAGGCAAAGGAUGGGGCAACUGCAAAAGUACCAUCUAGUCAAGAGGAGUUUCAGCAGGAUGCAGAGAGCUGGAAUGGAGCUGUGAGAGAGAACUACAAGUGGGCACAGCACAUACACGAGGUGGAGAUCAGAGUCCACGUUCCUCCCAACAUCAAGAAAGCCAAGGAAUGUGUGGUAGACAUCAAGAACAACUUCUUAAAGGUUGCCAUCAAAGAUGGAGGGCAGGUGAAGGUUCUGAUGGAAGGAAAACUGACCAAUAAGAUCAUCUGUGAGGAGAGUAUGUGGAGUCUGGAACCAGGGAAGUGUGUGCAGGUGAAUCUAGAGAAAGAGAAGGAGUACUGGUGGAAGGCUGUCCUGGUGGGGGAGCCUGAGAUCGACAUCCAGAAGAUAGAACCCAUCAAACACAUGCACGACAUGGACGAUGAGGAGCAGUCGGGGGUACAGAGGAUGAUGUUUGAUCAGCAUCAGAAGAUGAUGGGGAAACCACAGAGCCAUGAGAUGAAAGUGCACGACAUGUUGAGGAAAGGCUGGGAUGCACCAGGCUCCCCAUUUGCUGGUCAAGAGUUUGAUCCCUCCAAGUUUAACAUAUCCCCUGGUGCUGUCCAGAUGUGAGCAGGACAACAAAAAUAACUAUCUACACGCUGUACAGCUUGUGAUAUACUAUUAGAAAGAAAACCAUUUCAACAGUAAUAUAACAAUUACAGGUCUGGAGUAAGUUCGCAUAUGCCUUUUUACUGUGAUGUUUUUGCAUGUCAUCACAUACAGCUAGGAUACAUAGGAUUUAUGAUAUGGGUCUGGUUAUGUUAAAUUGUUGCAUAUUAUAUCUGUUAGAUUUAUUGAAAAUUGGCUUCUACCAUAUCUACCAUGGACUGUUUGAAAGGUAUGCUCAAACGAGAUGAUGACUUUCAAGUUUCAACCUACUUGUACAUAUGUACCUUGUACAGGGUAUA